CUAAUUACCACAAAUUAUCAUUCACCGUCGGAGCUGAUAUAAAAGUGCGAAAACUGACAUUGUACGUUCUCUGCAGUUAACUUAACAGACCUUACUCUCUGGCGUAUUAUAUUUUUCCUUCAUUAGACCUGUCGUAGUACAAAAGAAGACUGACCAGUAUGUUACGAUCAUCUUCGAGUGUAGACGGCAUGCCUAUGGAGGACAAUGCAGGAGAGAAGGGGCGAAGGAGGUCCUGUCCAUCUGGGCCUACGCCUGUGGAUAGCACCAUCUUCAUCAAGCAACCGUAUACCCAGGUAGCAUUUGAUGAAAUCUACUUAAAGGAACAAAAUACGGACAAACCACCCUUAUUUCAGCGUGCAAAAGAGAAAGUUUCAUGUACUCCGAAGAAAGUAUUCAAGGUUUUAUCCGAUUUUCUCCCGAUCAUCAAAACCGUUCGUUACUACAAUUUGAAGGAAAAUGCCGUUGUAGACAUUUUAUCUGGAAUUACCAUCGGGAUUCUGCACAUUCCACAAGCUUUGGCGUUUGGACUACUUACCUCUGUGAAGGUAGAGAAUGGACUUUAUACAUCUGUCUGGCCGAUUAUUCUGUAUGUUAUCUUCGGAACUUCUCCGCACGUUUCCAUGGGAACAAGUGCUGUCAUUUGCAUCGUGACUGCAAGUGUUGUAGACAAGCAAGCAGACGUAUUCAAGGCUGCGAAUGUGGAUUUACGGCUAAGUUAUGUUAAUGGAUCCCUAAAUGCUUCCCUUCCCGAAUGGGAAUCGAUCCCUGAAUUCAUGGAUUACAAGGAACAUGUGUCCAUGACAAUAGCUCUCUUUGUCGGAGUUAUUCUUCUGGCUAUGGGUUUCAUGAGACUCGGAUUCAUCACCGCUUACCUUUCCGAGUCGUUUUUUGCUGCAUUCACGUCCGGUGCUGCUGUCCACAUUGCAACUAGCCAGAUACCACCUCUCUUAGGAAUUUCCAUUCCCCGGUACGGAGGUGCCUUUAAGAUUGUGAAAACGUACACAGCCAUCUUCGAGAACAUUACCGAGGUUAACGUUGCUGCAAUCAUUACAACCAUCAUCUGCAUUGCGUUUAUAUUCCUAAUAAAGGAAUGCAUCAAUGAAAGGUUUAAGGACAAGUUAUUCAUACCCAUUCCAGUUGAGUUGUUGGUUGUCAUCAUCGCUACCCUUGUUUCGUACCUUGGCAAACUGAAUGAGGAAUUUGGUCUCGCAAUCGUUGGAAAUAUUCCUUCUACUAUACCUCCACCUGUUUUGCCCGAUACAACUGGAGUACAAGAUUACUUUGUGGACUGUUUUGUAAUCGCUAUUCUUAUCUUCGCCAACACAAUCGCUAUGGCAAAGGUCUGCGCCAAAAAACACAACUACGAGGUAGACGACAGUCAGGAAUUAAUUGCUUAUGGAAUGUGCAACUUUGUCAGUGCUUUCCUCAAAUGCUUCCCUUCCGCUGUCGCUCCACCAAGGUCAAUGGUCGCCUCCAAUAUGAAUGCUAAAUCAACUAUUAAUGGAAUCUUCGCAGCGUUGCUCAUGAUUCUUGUGAUAAUGGCCAUGAGCAUUCUGUUUGAGCCUCUGCCCAAGGCCGCACUCGCAUCUAUCAUCGUUGCUGCUCUGAAAGGACUCUUCAUCCAAAUAGGAGAUUGUAGAAAAUUCUGGAGAAUCAACAAAAUUGACUUUGUUAUUUGGUUUUCCACUAUCGUGAGCGUGGUUUUCCUGGAUAUCGACUUUGGACUUGGUAUUGGCGUCAUCGUGUCUCUGAUUACCGUUGUCUUCCAGACCCAGUUUGCCCGUGGAUUCAGACUCGGCCGAAUUACCAAGGACGGGGCUAUCGUAGAGUACAAGAGGUACACGGAGUCUGUUGAGGAUACUGGAGUCAAGGUGUUCCGAUUCCAAUCCAACCUAUUCUUCGCUAACGCCGAAAUUUUCCGCAACACUUUGUAUAGAUGCACAGUCAAUCCACGAAAACUUCUGAAAUUCUUAAAAAAGCAAGAGCGCAAAGGAGGUAACAAAGAAAAGAAGGUAUCGACUGACAUGACUGGUGUUACAGUUACUAGCGAACGCAAAGUUUCUCAAGUCAGUAUAAACUCAAAUGGCAAAAAUUCUUCCACAACCAAUCUCAACAAAAGCGAUAACCCUGUAUUCUCAAUCUCCGACGAAAAUAUCUCUCGUUCCUCUAAUUACCCUGGCAACGGAUCUUAUCAGGGCAUGCCAAGACAAAUGUCAACCGCUUCCAGCCUCAGUCAAAUAGGUUACGAAGAAGAUCCCGAAACCGGAGAUGAACUCGUUACACCGGAAAAAAUUCGUAUCAUGCGCAAAACUCACCAUAUUAUCAUUGACUGUUCCAAUAUCAAUUACCUUGAUGCUUCGGGCGCAAAUGUACUUGGGCAUAUUUACUCGGAGUACGAUCAUGUGAAAAUUAAGGUAUUCUUAGCGGGAUGCUCCGUUGAUAUGAUAAAGACAAUGAUGCAAGCUGGUAUAUUCGAUAAAAUACCAAAAGGCAACCUAUUUUUGACUCUGUACGACGCCAUUGCUGUUGCUAAGACACAAUCCAUUCGACCACUUCCGCCUGUGGUGGAAGAUUAUGACGAUGAGGAAGCAGCUGAAGAUUCUUACAUUACAAACAUUCAGUAAGCAGUUUACAGAGGCACCUAAACGCCAUUUCAACUACAUGAUGUUGAUUAAUUGAAUUUCUCUAAUGGAAGAUGUGCCGAUCUUACCCGACAUUUACUACGACAGUUAAGAUUAUUUCCUGUCCGGAAACCGACAACAUCGGCAGCAAAAAGGGCGCCAGUUUUCAAAGACUGCGGCGGAGAAAACCAAGACUUCCAAAGUAUUAGCUUUUACAGAAGCUUGUUGUGUUUACAUUAUAAUAAUGUUGUUGUGUUAUAUUUGUAAAUAGGUCAGUUUUGAUUGAUUAUUCAAUUUCAAUUAUAUAACUUGUUAUCACGUAAAAGUGCAAUAUAUAUAUCAGUAUGAAAUAGAAACUAAUUCAGCUUCCACAGUCAUUAAGAUUAAAUUUAAAAAGAUAUUCUGUACAUACAAUAUUGUGACAUGAUACAAAUUCGAUGUGAUACGCAAACUGAUAUUAGCUAUAUACGGACUACUGUAUAAUCGGAGUUAUAUCAUGACUUGAUAAAACAUUGUCAUACUGAGUACGCAAUGGGCAUUAAGUUUCAAGCAGUAUUGUUUAUGUCGACAUUUCCAUUCUGCAUAUGUUUACCAAACAAAAAGGUAUAAAUCAUAAAUUGAUACAAACCAAA